UUAAGUCAUUGACAUUAUAGUGAGAAAAGGGAUGGGGACAGUUUUAUUACGAGUGGUCUGUUUGUAAUACAUUGAAAAAAGGUUGCAAGAACAGUGGGAAGCGUAAGGACCGAGUGCACUGAGAUGUUACUUGAGAUAUAUAUAUAUACGCACGCACGCACGCACGCACACACACACACGCACACACGCACACGCAGACACACACACACACAGACACACACACACACACACAGACACAGACAGUUGUCUGACUUGUCGCAGCUAUACCCAGUGCCAAAACGCUGGCGUCCUUGACUCACGAGAACGCGUACCGUUAAAACACCUGCGUCAUACGUGUGUGGCAACAGGCGCGUCCCUUCAGCCUGAAGUAGGCAGAUAAAGAUCACUGUAUUUGAUUGGCUCGGCUUAAAAUAGGGAGAGGGAGAACUGAAAUGUUAAAGUAACGUAGGAUCAUAAUGUAGAAGUGAUCUUUCUGAACAAAAUAGGAUAUAUUUUUGGUAUUGCUGGAGAGUAACAUAUCUUAGUAGUCAUAUCUUCAGUUCACAUUCUGUUGUGAUUACUACGUUAAAUACACGUGAUGCGACGUUACAACGUGUCCUAGCUACUGUUUUUUAGAAUAAUGUAAGCAAUUUUAGCUAUUUUAUUAUCGGUAAUAUAGGCCUAGAUUUGCAGUUUAAAUGAAAGUGCAGGAUACAGCAACAAAGCUCAGAUUUAACUGACAGUAUGGUUUCUGUCAUAUACGCAGACGUGCAGUUUAAAUUUUACAACAGAAUUACUUUUUUAGCUUUGAUUGUAACGUAACUUUUGUCAAUAAAACAUGCCAUAAACUUAUAGUAUAGUGUUAGGUAUAGGUAUAGUCUUCUUAGGCCAAACAUCAACUGAAAUGGAAUAAGCAGGUCAAAAUUUGCUUUAGCCGGCCAGACACCUAACGCUGACUACAGUCCCGCUGUCUGGAGACAGUCAGGAUGCACCUGGCAGAUUUCAUUGCCGGUUCGGUUGCAGGUGCUUUUGGAGUGGCAGUUGGCUAUCCUCUCGACACUGUUAAGGUCAGAAUACAGACACAGAGAAAGUCCAUUGGGGUAUGGCAGUGCAUUGACACAACCUGCAGAAAUGAAGGGGUUUAUGGUUUCUACAAGGGCAUGUCCAUGCCUGUAACCACCCUCUCCAUCAGCUCUUCUGUAGUCUUUGGCACAUACAGGAAUGUGCUUCAGGUCUUCCGUCAGCUGCGUUGUACUAGUGCCGAUGCUCCCAGUGCUAAGAUCGAUAUAUUUCUGUCAGGCUUAGCUGGAGGUAUUGCUCAGGUUUCAGUAAUGUCUCCUGCAGACAUAGUGAAAGUACGUCUCCAGUGUCAGACUGAGCCGUAUCUGGGAUCAGACCCUAAAGCCAAGCCUAAAUACAGGGGGCCUGUGCACUGCCUUUUCACCAUUGCCCGUGAGGAGGGUGUCCUGGGUCUUUAUAAAGGAGCCAGCGCGCUAGCGUUGCGGGAUGGCCCUUCAUUUGCCACUUACUUCCUUGUCUAUUACACUGUCUGUGAAUGGCUGUCUCCAGACAAGUAUGUUCAACCAGAGUGGAAGGUGGUACUGUUUGCUGGGGGAUUAGCAGGUAUGUGCGGCUGGAGUAUUGGGACCCCCAUGGAUGUGAUAAAAUCCCGCUUACAGACUAAUGGUAUGGGCAAGAAGCACUACAGAGGAUUCUUUCACUGCAUAAAAGAAAGUGUGCGGACUGAGGGACCUGGUGUUCUUUUCAAAGGACUUGGCCUCAACUGCAUCCGUGCUUUUCCAGUCAACAUGGCUGUUUUUGCCAUGUAUGAGUUGAUCAUUCGGUUUCUGCGAACAGAGUCAUAGUACAUUUAGAUUAAAGCCACAAAUCAUGAUCCUUCAAUAUCAGGUAUCAUGCCACUGACAAUAUGGUAAUGGUGGCAUGUCAUUCUAAAGUGGAUGACGUUUCCUGGGGAAAAAGUAGCACUUGCAAGUCAUCUGGUAUGAUCCUGAAACUAUUAUUUACAGUUUGCAGUGACUAUCUCUAGCAGCACCUCUCUUAAGGUGCAUAAUGAAAGUUUGAGAUAGUUUUUUUUUUAUUACAUAUACAUGUGUUUGAGUUCAUAGAAUUUUGAAUAAGCAAUGUCAGAUGCAUAGAACACAUUUUCAGCGUGAAGGAUUUUCAAUGAACAGGCAGUUUUGAGAAUGAUGGUGUGAAUGAUUGUUUCAUUUUGUUUCAUUAUGUAUUGUGGAUGCUACUUUGAAUUUAUACUUGAAGAUGCUAGAAUUUCAGUGCAGAUUUUUGUGCAUAUUUAUUUCUGUUUUCCUUCAGUUUGGUCAAAGACAGUUCAAACAGCCUAGCCUUCUAUCCUAACAUACUACAUCAUUAUUUUGGGGUGAAUAUAACAUUUCCUUAAGCAGCAUCAGGGGCUUCCAAAAAUAAUCCACCAACUAAAAUAUACUUAUAACAUUCACUCUGAACUAGCUUUGGGUGGGCCAGAGGCCAUUUCAAAACUUUUAAAAAGGGGAUCAACAAAUAAUUGUUGUUUUGAUUCCAGACACUGUCAUUUUAUACAAUUCAAUUCAGCUUUUUGAUCAGCAAAGUUUGCAACAGCUUUAUCAUUCUCCCUGGUCUAGUCAGUGCACCCGUGACAACUUUAAUAACAUUAUAUACAAAUCUAUAUUGAUUAUAUACAAAUCAAUGUGGCAUUUUCAAAAAAGUCAGGUUUGUGGUUAGACUUUUCAAAAGAUGUUUAAACUCCAAAGGGACUGUUAAGAACAGGCAUGAUCAUUUCAUAUUUACAACUAAUUUGUGUUUAUACCAGUGGAAUUCAAAUCUGGUCCUAGGUUUCCAAAUCCAGUCCUAGAUUUUGUAAUCCCUUAUAGAUGAUUAAAUGAUUUAUGUAACUAGUUGGCCACUUCACACCUUAGGUAAAGUGGGGAAAAAAGUGAAAAACCCCCCAACACCUGGACCUCGAGGACUGUGAUUUAAAUACCUCUGGUUUAUACCUUUAUUAGUUACUUGUAAAGUUAGUUACUCAUGAUGAGUUAGUUACUGAUCAUAAACAAAUGCUUAAAUGAAACUGAAAAUGUGUAUGGGAAUAUUUUGUUAGAUUUGUCUGUUUGUUUUUGUUCGGUAAUUGCUUGCUUAAGUGCUGGAGCAUUGAGACGGUGGUAAAGCAUUCAUUUUAUUUGACAUUUGUUCAUGUUAGACAACAUUGCUGUGAUAUGUUUACAUUGAUAUUUUGGCAUGUUUCAUUUUUAGCAACAGGGCAUGAGUGUAUGUCUUGUCCUUGUGGAUUCUAAAUAAUGUCCAUUUGGUUACUGCAGUUAAGUUAAAGCAUGAUUAAAAUUACAGCCAACA